CUUCUCCUCUGUGUUCCAUGGCAAAGAAAAGGAGGUGGAAAGAAAAAAAAUGUCAUUAGAAGAGGCGUAACACGUCAGUCCCUACCCAGGUUUGUUUCCUGGAGUGGGUGUAAGACAUCAGUUGUAAACCUGCCCUAGCAGGAAUAGCGGUCCCUCCCUCCUCCCAACUAUUUCUAAGGCUUUAUUUCUAAGGCUUUAUUAUCACCGGUGGAAAAGGAUCCGCUCACCGACGCGCUCCGGUAUCAUCCCUCCUCACAACUCCACAUCUUUACUCUCCUACAACCAGAUAUCAAGGCUGAAAUCAAGGAAUCGAGUCCAUGCGAGCUGCCAUCUGAUCCCACACUCACUUAUCAAUGAAGCAAGAGAUCAUGGCGGAUGGCCCCAGGUGUAAGAGGCGAAAACAAGCCAACCCGAGACGGAAAAACGCAGCUCUCAACUAUGAGAAUGUGGUCGAGACCGGCUCAGAGACAGAAGAGGAGGACAAGCUGCCCGUCUCCGAAGAAGACCCUCUGAUCAACGGCACGGGGAGCCCGGCCAGCCUCACCAACCCAGAGGCCUCACCCCGUGUGGAGAGCCACAGCCUGCUCACCAAGGAGGAGGAGGACGACGAGAUGCGGGACAGCGGCGUGGAGCACAUCUGGCCCGACAACGACAUGCUGAGUGCCUCAGUUGAUGGUACUGAUGAAAUAAAAGAUGACUUUGACAACCUUGGGCCUGAUGCCACUCUGCAGGCAGUUGGAAACGGUACAGUCAAGAGCGUCGAUUGCACUUCAGAGUUUGAGGACUUCUUCGCCAAGCGGAAGCUGGACGAUGGCGACAGCCACGUGGUGAGCAUCGCCGAGUACUUGCAGCGGGGCGACACGGCCAUCAUCUACCCAGAAGCCCCAGAGGAGCUGUCCCGCCUGGGCACGCCGGAGGCCACUGGACCAGAGGAGAAUGACCUGCCACCUGGAACGCCAGAUGCCUUCCCCCAACUGUUGAACUGCCCCUACUGUGACCGGGGCUACAAGCGCUCGACUUCGCUGAAGGAGCACAUCAAGUACCGCCAUGAGAAGAACGAGGAGAACUUCGCCUGCCCCCUGUGCAACUACACGUUUGCUUACCGCACUCAGCUCGAGCGGCACAUGGCCACACACAAGCCCGCGCGGGAUCAGCACCAACUGCUCAACCAAGCCGCAAGCAACCGCAAGUUCAAAUGCACCGAGUGUGGCAAGGCCUUCAAAUACAAGCACCAUCUGAAGGAACACCUCCGGAUUCAUAGUGGUGAGAAACCAUAUGAGUGCCCUAACUGCAAGAAGCGUUUCUCCCACUCGGGCUCCUACAGCUCCCACAUUAGCAGCAAAAAGUGCAUUGGCCUGAUCGCUGUGAAUGGCAGGAUGCGCGGCAACAUGAAGACCGGCUCCUCCCCCACCUCGGCCUCCUCCUCGCCCACCAACACUGCCAUCACCCAGCUGCGCCAGAAGCUGGAGAACGGAAAGCCGCUCGGCCUCCCCGAACACAACAACCACCUUAGUAUUAAGACCGAGCCGCUUGACUUCAAUGAGUACAAGCUCAUGAUGGCGUCUCAAGGAUUCGCCGCCCCUGGACCGUUCAUGAACGGCGGCAUGGGAGGGAACAGCCCACUGGGUAUCCACCACAACUCCACUGCUCAGAGCCCCUUGCAGCACCUCGGGCUUGCCAGUCUCGAGUCACAGCUCCUGGGCUACCCGGGCUCACUGGGGAACAACCUGAGCGAGGUGCAGAAGGUUCUUCAGAUCGUGGACAACACUGUGUGCAGGCAGAAAAUGGACUGCAAGCCGGAGGAGCUCUCCAAGCUGAAGGCCUACAUGAAGGAGCUGGGGUCCCAGGUAGAAGAGCAGAGACAGGCGCUGACAUCGGCGGGGGCUCAGAUGGGUCUCCCGCUCGUCAAUCACAACGGCGCCACCAAAAACAUCAUCGACUACACGUUAGAGAAAGUGAACGAAGCCAAAGCCUGCCUCCAGAGCUUGACGACAGACUCGAAGAGACAGAUCAGCAAUAUCAAACGAGAGAAGUCCAACCACAUGCUUGAAGGAGGUGUGGAGGAGAAGGUGCAGGAAAACAACAUGUUUACGCCUUAUGCUUGCCAAUAUUGCAAAGAAACCUUUGCCGGGCCAAUACCUUUGCAUCAGCAUGAACGCUACCUGUGUAAAAUGAACGAAGAGAUCAAAGCCGUGCUGCAGCCCAGUGAGAAUCUGAUGCCCAAUAAACCGGGCAUCUUCAUGGAUAAGAUCAGCCACUUACCUUCCCCCAUGUUGUCUGAGAAGGGACUCACUUUGCCUCUUAACCCUUACAGGGACCACAUGUCUGUGCUGAAGGCAUAUUUUGCCAUGAACAUGGAGCCCAACUCAGAGGAGCUGCUCAAGAUUUCCAUAGCAGUCGGCCUUCCUCAGGAAUUUGUUAAGGAGUGGUUCGAGCAGAGAAAGAUGUAUCAGUACGGCACCACCAGAACCCCACCAUUAGAGCACAGGAACCACACUGAUAUGGUUGUCGGAACAAAUAACCACCACACUCCACCAAAAGACUCAAGGGCAGCUAGGUCACCGCAUUCACUCAUCAAGCCUGCUGAUCACAUCACGUCCUCCGCCCUCGCAGAGCUCCACAACACCAUGAACAACUGUGACAUGAACCACUCGCUCAGACAUUUGAAAAGCCACCCGUUCAGCAGCAGCGCCAAAGCCGCAGGUGAAAAACUGGACCACUCCCGCAGCAACACGCCCUCGCCGCUCAAUCUGUCCUCCACCUCGUCCAAAAACUCUCACAGCAGCUCUUACACUCCCAACAGCUUGACUUCGGAGGACCUGCAGGCCGAGCCGCUGGACCUCUCUCUGCCGAGACUCAUGAAGGAACCCAAGCAUGCACUGACUGUCAAAAGCAGACCUAAAGUCAACAGUAUUACCAUUGACCAUAACAGCGUUCCCUCUCCCCGAGAGCACUUCGAAGAGCCUUUGAACUUGGCCUAUCUCAAGAAAGAAUUCUCAGGCUCCAACAACGGAAGCCUAGAAAAAAGCACUAGCCCCAUCUUUGGCAUUAACCCGUUUGCCGGCAAACCCCUCUACACGUCACUCCCACCACAGAGCGCUUUCCCGCCUGCCACAUUCAUGCCCCCCAUGCAGGCCACCAUACCGGGGCUGAGGCCCUAUCCGGGCAUGGAUCAGAUGGGCUUCUUACCACACAUGGCCUACACUUACGCGGCGGGCGCCGCCACGUUCGCUGAGAUGCAGCAGAGGAGAAAGUACCAGCGGAAACCAGGUUUCCAGGGGGACCUGCUCGACGGUACACCAGAUUACCUGUCAGGGCUGGACGACAUGACAGACCCCGACUCCUGUCUGUCGCGGAAGAAGAUUAAGAAGACCGAAAGUGGUAUGUACGCGUGUGACUUGUGCGACAAAACAUUCCAGAAGAGCAGUUCCCUUCUAAGACACAAAUAUGAACACACAGGCAAGAGGCCACACCAGUGCCAGAUCUGCAAGAAAGCCUUCAAACACAAACACCAUCUCAUCGAGCACUCCAGGCUGCACUCGGGGGAGAAACCGUACCAGUGCGACAAGUGCGGGAAGCGGUUCUCUCACUCGGGCUCCUACUCGCAGCACAUGAACCACCGCUACUCCUACUGCAAGCGGGAGGCUGAAGAGCGGGAGGCGGCGGAGAGGGAGGCUCGCGAGAAGGGCCACCUGGAGCCCACAGAGCUGCUGAUGAGCCGGGCAUUCUUGCAGGGCAUGACACCUCAGGGUUACCCGGAGAUGGCGGAGCGCGAGGCCAUCCUGAGGCACGACGCCGUGAACGGAGGCGGGAUCAGAGAGGGACGGAAGGAAGUGGAUGGAACGUAUGCCAAGAUUGGACGGAGGGAGGAUGAGUUUGAGGAGGAGGAGGAGGAGAUCAAGAGCAUGGACACGGACCCGGACACGUUGAGGGACGAGGAAGAGAAUGGAGAACACUCGAUGGAUGAGAGCUCGCUAGACGGCAAAACGGAAACCAAAUCGGAUCACGAGGACACGAUGGAGGAUGGCAUGUAACUGGCGGUGGCGGCGUUUUUUUUUUUUUAAAAGCUUCCCAUCUUAAAAGAAAAAAAAAAAGUUUUAAGUUUGUCUCUUUGGGUUCAGUAUUCUUACCUACUCGGUUUAAAACACCGUUUUAAGCUGUACGUGCACGUGCCUGAAGCUUCUGGGAAGCUUUCUUUGACAGACUCCUCGGGGGGGAAAGAUGUCUGCCAAACAAGACAUGGACUCAAAAAUCAAAUCUGGAGGAGGCGUUGAGGGAAGGGAGGCAUGGGUUUGUGAAAUAAGCUGCAUUAUGCAAACCGAACAAUGAAUAAAUGAAUACAUUUCAUAAAAUGUACAGUACUAAGGCCUAAAAAUAUGUGUGGUGCUAACCUCCUCAAAUAAAACCCCUGUGUUCCAUAGUAUUUAUAGCACAACUAGUGACUUGUACAAAUUGCACUCCGCUUCUAUAAUCAUGAACAAAAAUAAUAAAAAGUAUUGCCUAUGUAUAUAUUUAUACAGUGUUGGAAAAAGAGCAGUAGUGUCUGCACUACAGUCCUUCGAUAUUACCUUUGUUAUCACCUACCUACCUACCUACCUACCUACGGUGUCGUCUUUAGUUUUGCCCCGUUGCCCAGUCAUAAACAUGUUCAGCCACACUGUUUUAGGCCUCUCCAAUCCACUCCAAAUGAAGGAUUAGAAACAAAAGACUGUGUGAAGGAGCUUAGAAGGUUUUUUUUUUGGUUUUUUUUAUUAAUAAAGGAGGAUGACGUUUUAAAGAGACCUUCGUUUAAGGGAAAUGACAGAUUAUGGACAGAUGGUAUGGGGAGAAACGUGAAGGACGAAGCCUUUGUAAGGUGUUUUUGAUAAGAAAAAAGAAGCCUUAUAUGCAAACCUUUUAACCUGUGUGUUUUCUGCAAGUGCCACCCUCGUAUUGUGUAAAAGGAAGGUUACUUUUUUUUCACCAGCUUCAGUAUUAUGAAAUGAUUCAUCGUUGUUCUUUGAAGCACCCGUGUCAGUAUUAAGACUUAUAGGCAUCAGUUCCUUAGUUUACAUUAUGUUGUGCAAUGUUUUCUCGGUUUUCUUUUCUUUUUACCUUUGUCAGUAUUACACCAAACCAUUUCUUUCUUUUUUUUUGAAAACAGCAAAUUGCAUUCAUUUUAUUUGUAGGUUGAAAAAAAAAACAUUAUUUAUGUGGCCCAUUUUAUAUUUCCUAAUUUUAUUUAUUUCAUACUGUUGUGUACAGUACUAUAGUUCUUCAAUAUAUAGAUAUAUUUUAGUAAAAAGGAACAUGGUGUCGAUCAUAGGGGCAAAUUUUACGUAAAGAGAGCAUUUAUUGUGUUUUGAAACAUUGUGAAAUGCGAAGUUUAAUCUUAUUUUAUUUUAUUUUCCUUUUAUUUUCCAGAUACUGGAAAAUUCCAAAUUUGGGAACUUUUAUACAAUUGUGAAAACACUGUAUUUUCGACUGAAAAAAUUCCACUUUCUUCAUCUUUGUUUCUUUUUUUAAGCUAAAAAAAAUGAAGAGGGACUGUUAAAUACUAUGUAUGAUAUCAUGACUGAAGAAGAAUCUUUCCUGAAAUGUCUUUGUAAAAGUAUUAUUGAAUUCUUAAUUUGUAAUUUCUCUUGAAAAUGACCCUGCUCGAAUAAAAGUAGCCAAAUUACAGAGUA